AUAUCAGCACUUACAUUUAGCAAUCUGUGAAAUGUUUUUAAAAGAGCUAUUGAUGCCAUCUUGCUUAGAGUGUAAAGACUUAAUAGAACUUGAAUCAUUCUGCCAACUUCUCAAACCAUUUGAAACUGCCACAUUUGUUCUUUCUAAAGAUCAAUUUAAUUCUAUUUUAGAAGCAAUAACAAAAUCACGACCUACUAUAAACUCAAUUGAAUAUGAAAUAGAACUAUAUGAACAAGAGCCUCUAAAAGAAUAUAUAAAUAAAAAUGAUGAGAAAGAAAGUAAUGGAAUCUUAUAUUGGAAAUCAUUAUCAAAUAGAUUUCCUAUUCUUAGUAAAAUGGCAUGUAAUUAUCUCAGUAUUAAACCUUUGAGUGUUUCUAGUGAAAGGAUAUUUUCAAGAGCUGGCUUUACUAUUAUCAAUGAUAGAGCAAAUCUUAAUGAAAAAACUAUUUCUUGUGCAAUUCUUAUGCAUUUAUAA